UCAAGUUAUGAAAUAUAGCUAUUCUUGUACUUCUCCAGGUAAUGGAUCGACAAGUUUGCUUUAUAUAGGUUAACCGUGCAAGGUAUCAUCAACAAAGACGAACACUCCCAGCUCACGGACCUCUGACCUAGUCUAGUGCCAGUCACUAGUUGAUUCAAACAUCCCAUUGUGUGAGAGACGUGUGUAGACAAAAAAAAAAAACAAGUAGUCAUUUAAUACUUUUCAUCUUACGCUCAAAAUGUCACAAUAUUGUUUUGAUUAGUUAAAUGUGUACAAAGUCGAUCGUUGGUAUGCCUAUCCCAAAGGCUAGUGUAAACAGGAAUCAUCCGCCUCAGCGCGGGUCAUAGUUAACACGAAUCGAAGCGAUAGAAAAUAAAAAUUAUGAGUGACUAGGCAUUUUAUUUGACACAGACACAACAGUUCUAAAAUAUAACGAGAGGGAGGAAAGUCGCUUUUUUUUUGAUCCUCUGUGAUCCUGUAUUAUAAAGAUGUCUGCUCCACCACCUCCAUACCCUGGAACUGAUGCUGCCUACCCACCACCACCACCAGGACCUGGCUAUCCUCCUGACCCCAAAAUGGGAGGACCAGUUUAUGGAGCACCACAAGGGUUUUAUUCAGCUCCUGGCUAUCCUCAGGGUUAUGGACAGCCUCCCUAUGGUCAGCCGGCAUAUGGACAGCCAGCAUAUGGCCAGCCAGCCUUCAACCAGAGUGGCCAGACCACUGUGGUGGUUGCUCAGCCACAACUGACCAUAGUGCAGACAUUCCGUGAGUCUCCUGUGCACACACGUUGCCCACACUGCCAGGCUGAGAUUCUGACAGGCACACACUAUGAAACGGGCACCUUUACAUGGAUUGUCUGUCUGAUUUUGUGCCUGGUUGGAUGUGACCUGGGGUGCUGCUUGAUCCCCUUCUGCGUGGAUAGCUGCAAAGACGUAGUCCACACCUGCCCCAAUUGUCGUCAGCAGGUGUCUCGUUGGAGCCGCAUGUAAAUGGAAGGCUAAAGAAAGGCACUGCUCAUGAUGGUUAAUCUGUCAGCACCCAUAAAAGUUGUGGAUUAGUACUAAGCUGGAGUGCUGCUAUCACAGCGCACGUGAUGGACUGUCCUGAAUCUUGACUUUAUUUACUAAUCAAUUGUAGCCAUUCAUAAUUAACUUGCAGUUGGCAUAGAAAAAUCUUCAUUCCAACUCGCUACAUUAUCACUGAUUUGAUAAACCCUUUCAUCUCUCCCUUGCUUCUACUUCUCUGUCUGUCAUUUAGAGAAGAGUACAGAGUUAUCACACAGUAGUAGACCAUAAACAUACAGCAGUACAGCAUAAACACACAAGUAGACUGAUAUAUGUCAACCUGCACAGUGAUGACUGCAUUGCAAAGUGCCUGCAAACUGCUUUGAUAUAUAGUUGUCUGACUUGGAGGCCAGGAUUUCUGCCUUCUUAAAGACAUUAACUUUUGUUCCAUUCUAUAAAAGAUUACCCCUUCCCUUCCAGCUUCUUUUGCUAUUAUGCAUCAUAGAUGACAGGUUGAUUCAAAAGUUGAAACUACUAAUUGAUUUAUUGCUGCAGACAGAAUAAUAAUGGUGGUUUGGGGGUUGGGGGGGUUUGAGAGAAGGGUUAUUUGCAGGUUGAUGAUUCAUGUUUGUAAUGUUGAAUGGUGAGUUUAUACCUUAAAUAUCCCAUUUUCCGUCAGAAUAGGGUGUUUAAAGCAAUUUUAAUGCACGUUAACAGCACACAAAGACCAAAUUUAGUGAUCAUAUGACUCAUACGAUACAAUGGUAUACGCUCAUGUAAAUUAUGUAGCUUCCAUCAUAUACAGUGAAAUUUGAAAAAGGCCAACUUUGGUUAAAUAUAGUUUAUAGCAAAGAAAAUCAUUUGUGUGAGACCAUUUUAUUAUGAAUAUUUUCUUUUUAUAUGCAUUUUCUUGCUUGUGGAUAAUUGCCCUUUGUAUUAAGAUUUUUGGGUAUGAAAUGUAACUCUGAAGUCUGCUGUCUUAAUUCUGAAUGCUGCUCAGUACUGAUCAAGUUUGUCUCAAGACAUGAUGCAUUUAGGGGUAUAUGUUAUUUCUACACGUACAUAUUGUGGAUUACACUCAUUUUAAAAUUAAGAUGCAUAACCCUACUUAUUCAUAUGCAACACACACAGAUUAUUUAUGCAUAUGGAUGUUUUUGCAGACACACAUUUAUCCAAACACUUGGAACAAUUCUGGAUUGGUAUACUAUAGUGGCAUAAAAAGUGUUUUAAGAAUUCCAUUCUUUUUAUUUGCUUUACUUGUGAUAUAUACCUCAGUAGUUGGAUUUUUUUUAGGUGAUUUGCAUAAAUAUCUGUUAUUGUCUUUAAAUAUGGUUCACUGGCUCAAAAGAUUUGCCUAUUGAAUAAUAAUCUUGUUUUAAACAUGUCUUCUACGUGUUUAUAACAAUGUACGUACAAUCCCUGUUCAUUACAUGCUUAACUUUAGUUUUUUGUUUUUUAAUCAAGAUUAAUCCUUUAUGCAUUUUUUUUAUUCCCCUGACAAUUUAUUAAAAUAUGUGCAUGCUGAGAUUGGCAGUAGCUACAUGGUAUAAUUGCAAAUAGUUUCAAGCCAAAAAUAAUUGUAAUACAAGUUGGACAUAAGGCUUUUAAAAGCUUUCAGAUAGCAUCAUUUUGUUUUAUAUCAUCUAGUUGACAAAAUUUAUGAAACCUAAACUAAAAGUGUGACGUAAAUGAUAGUUGGUUGUUAAACCCUCAGUUGUAAUUAAUUUUGAGCUGGCUAGGCAAGUGGUUUGUCCAUGUCAUGCUAAUAACAACCACAGCUGAUUGUGUUCAGCCUAUGGUAUAAAUAUAAGUGAGGCAGUGCAGUGUUCACCCUCCAAGUGAGGCUGGUUAGUGCAGGCUGUGUGCACAAGACUUGCUCAAGCCAGCGAUUGAAUGACUCCCUCUUUGCACUAAGCAAUGGGUGCUUUACUUUUUAGAGAUUGGUUGUUUGGUUGAGUUGUAUAGCCACUGUUUAGAGAAGAAGUUCAGCAGAAAGAAAGGCAUUGGGAUCCACUACCCACAUUCCUUUCAGUUCACUCCCCUUAUAGUGAUUGUGCUUUUAGAUCAGUGGUUCUUAACCUUGUUUGAGGUACCGAACCCACAAGUUUCAUAUGCACAUUCACCGAACCCUUCUUUAGUGUCAUCACGAAUUGCGGGUGUGUCUUGACCUCCGUGGCGGAGGCUCCGCUGAACCCCUGAGACCAACUCACCGAACCCCUAGAGUUCGAUAAAACCCCAGUUAAGAACCACUGUUUUAGAUCCUUGUGUUUUACCUUUUAAAUAUUUGUUUUGAACGGUUGAUUUGAAGACUUGUACCCGGUUCAAAGUUACAUCAUUGUUUACAAGUAAAGUUGGAAUUAAUCAUAUUUUCCUUUUUUAACAUUAAGAGGUGUGCAUUGGAAAACAUUCAGCAAGUUAACAAUAAUCCAGAUUAAUUUUAUUGGUUUAGAAUAUUGGGAAGGCUUUGUAGCCCUAUGAUUAUUGCACUUCUAAGCAGAAGUUACAACUUCAAUUCUUACUUUGGAAAGUUGCUCAAAACUUCCCUUUGCCCAGUAGUGAUAGGUAGCUUGCUUAUCAGUGAGGGUGACAAGUGGCAGGUAAGACUUGGGCUAUGCCUUUUAUAUGCCAGGGUCUAUUGUGAUGAACUAUUACAGUUCACAGCCCCUAUGACCACUCAGUUGUGGAAUCUUUCACUGUUUAUAUCGAUAGUAUCAGCAAAUGUGCCUCCAACUUUGCUUAUGUCCUCGCCUGCUUUCUCUAAAGCUGAGUGAGUAUUGUCAGUUUAACACCUGAUGUCAAUUGCUGAAAUUUAUUGUGUUGAUUUUGGAUGAUGUACAUGCACCAUUCUCUUAAGCUGUUUUGUAAGAGUGCUUUCCCCUGCCGAUGCUUUAGUUUUUGAUUCAAUUUUGUGUAAAUGGAAGGUUUUAAUUAAUGAUAUCUUAGAUUUAUUCACACAUUUGUUCAGUGUGUUUGUUUUUAAUCACGUGUACUGUUUGAAACAAUGCCCAAAAUUUGAAAGUAAUUCUUUUUCUGCGUUUGCAAAUAAUUGUUUUUGUUUUAAAAAUUUCUAUUUACAUGUAAUAACUUUCAUGCUAUUAUUUUUCUGAUGGAAUGUCAAGCUAAGAAUUUCAUGAAAGAUGUGAGCUUUUAUGGAGAUGCAUGGCUACAAAGCAUUUCAGAGAAUGGGAUGGGUACUAUAGCUUUCAGAGAAUGGGAUGGGUACUAUAGCUUUCAGAGCACCGAAAAAGCAAUCUGUUAAGAUCAAAAUAAAGAUCCAUGCAUUGUGAUGGUUUGUAUCACAUUUUUUAAGUCAUUCUUUUGAUGAUUUUUGAGGAUAUUGAGGAAAAUGUUGUGAAAGUUGCCAUUAUUUUAGUCAUGUUUUUGAUGCGAGCAUUAAUAUGUGAAUGACAUUUCAUUAGGGCAUUACAUUUAUGUUUAAGAGUAGCAAGACACUAAUCACUUUUCUUUUAAUGUUAUUUCAGUCACAUUUGUGAUAGAAGGGUUGAGCAUGGAAUAUAUAAGUAUAGACACUGGUAUUUCAGUUUUGUUUGUCAGGAGAAAUUUGAUGUACUUUAAAGGUCUGCUUGGGUCUUUGAAGUUACCAAGGGUAAAAUAUUUGUGAUAUUUGGUUGUUAGAGCAUGUUAAAAAAAAAAAGAGGUGGCUUUGCAGUUUAGUUUGUGGACAUUAGUAUGUUUACAAGAUUGGUACCUUUACUUUUAUAUAAUACUUACAAAAUUAUUGUGAAUCUAUAGUAUAUUGAAGACAAGUGAAAAUUUGGAAUGAUGAUGUUGGUUUCUGUGAAUCUUCAGGCAUGACUGAAACAAGGUUUUAGCAUUCAUUGUGAGGAAUCUUUAAUGGCUAUUUGAAAGGUGCCGUUAAACCUUUUUCUAGCAUAUCUGAAUUUUCAGAAAGUGCAUUUUAGUCAUGUGUUCUAUAGUAUACAUAGUUUGGAAGAUCUUAUGUUUUAACAAAUGUAAGGGUACAGUUCAGUUGUUAAUUAAAUCAAGAAGAGUUCAAUAAACCUUGCAUCAAGUCAGUCUGGCACAUUUGGUUGAGUGCAUGGAAAAGGACUUCUUGGCCCUGACAUUUCUGUUAUUUAAUGCUGUCUCAUAUGCUAUUUUCACACAAAAAAAUCCUUCAUACUUCAAUCAUUCAAAAAGCAGUUUGAAUUUUGUAGGUUUUCUUUUUCAUCUUAAAAUGUGUAGUUUACAUACAUUACAAUAAAUCAUUCUGAUUCUAUUUUUAAGAUUAACAUAAUAUAUGUAGCUGGAAAAAAAUUAAUGGAUUUAAAGAAUUUUAGCUUUAAUUUUGAAUUAGUCACUUUAAAGUCUUUGUAUUUAUUCUAACAAGUGUAAUCCUUAUAAACUUUUAUGUGAUUGCUGUGAUCUUAAUUUCUUGGCGCCUUUUGCAAAUGUGAAUAAAGAUAGCAGUAAAUGAUUUAA